AUGAGGGGCAUCCCGGGCUUAAAGCGGCUGCGGCUCAAAACCUGGCGGCGAUGCACCCUGGUGCUCCUCCUCCUCUGGGCUGCCUGCUGGCUGGUGGUGAGCGCCUUGCUGUUCCUCCUCCACAGGAGCGUCUUCUCCGAGCGCUGCACGGACGAGAAAAGCCACCGGAUCCUGGCGAGGCUGUGUCUUGACUACAGCAGUGGAGCCCUGACUGGCGACCUUUGUGAAGACCUGUGUGUGGCACAGAAGCUGGUGUACAAACACUGCCUUUACUAUGACAGAGGUAAGAAGGUCAUCCAGGCUGACUGGAGAGGCCAGCCCAUCAUCCUGAAAUCCAAAAAGGAAAUCUUCUCCAGCUACCAGCAUCUCAGUAUGCUAGAGGAGGUGGAAACACAGGAUAUUCCCGAAACAGAGCUUCUGCUGAUGGUGGCCUUAGAGGUCAAAAACAUCCUGGGGCUAGAACUGUCUAACAAUACCAUGGGGCCCCUCUGGACGAGGAAGAAGGGACCACGUUGGAAAGCACAGGUGGCCAGCAUGUGGUCCUUGGUCCAGCAGGAAGAAUAUAUCUACUUCAGUUUGCUGCAGGACUUCAGCAAGCAUGUGCUACGAAUUAUUGGCUCUUGUGGACACUUUUAUGCCGUGGAGUAUCUCACAGCUGGACAUGCCUGGCACAAAACUCUUUUUCCCUUGGAAAAUGUGGUUGGUCCCUCCCUUGCUGGCUACAGAAGCAGGGUGAGAGCCAUCAUUGACAUUGCACUCAGCUUUCUGGACAUGGUGCAGCAUUUUGAUAAUGAUUUCUCUCACCGACUUCACCUGUGUGACAUCAAACCAGAAAACUUCGCUAUCAGGCAUGAUCUCACGGUGGUGGCCAUUGAUGUGGAUAUGGCCUUUUUUGAACCCAAAAUGAGGGACAUUCUUGAACAGAACUGCACAGGCGAUGAAGACUGUAAUUUUUUUGAUUGCUUUUCAAAAUGCAAUCUGAAAAUCAGAAGAUGUGGAGCACAGAGAGCCAAUAACAACUUGCAAGUAAUUUGUGACAAAAUAUUCCGUCACUGGUUUUCCCCACAUCUCAGAGGACCGUUGGUUUCCUUCCCCCUGCAGCUGCAGCUGCAGAAGGCUGUGCAGGAGUGUGCUGAGCCAGGGCACGUGGACGCUGCCGGGCACCAGAGGACUCUGAAAUCUCUCUCCAAGUUAUACCACCUGCUUCGGGUCACUCAGCAAGAACUCCAAAGGGCAGAGUAG